UCCUAAAUGACUGCAAUAAACACAGUGGCACAUAGGAAUCAAUCAUUAUUGAUUCAGUGACAGCAUUAUUAGAUUAUAUGAAAGCAAAGGAGCGGGUUUCCUGUCUAUCCAGUCCAGCUCUGUGCUCUGAGUGCUCUGCAGUCUGCAUCAGCAAAGUGUCUUGGCAUCACUUCUCCUUCCUUUGGUGUCCAUUCCGGCGUCAUGUGAAAAGGGGUGCGCGGUGGUUCCUCUCUCGCCGUAGAGCUGACCCCCAGUGCCGACGUCCUCGUCCCGGUGGGGUAGUGUCCCUGUCCCCGCUGUCCCUGUCCCUGUCCCCGGAUGAGGAUGAGCGAGCAAGGGAAGGGCUCCGCGUCCGUCUCUGCCGCGGCCCCGGCUCCUCCAGGGUCGGACACUUACAAAGGCUGGCUUUUUAAAUGGACCAACUAUUUGAAAGGAUACCAGCGGCGAUGGUUUGUCCUCAGCAAUGGCCUGCUUUCAUAUUACAGGACGCAGGCAGAGAUGGCCCAUACGUGCCGUGGAACAAUCAACUUGGCCACGGCACACAUCGACACGGAGGACGCCUGCAAUAUUGUCCUGAGCAGUGGUGGCCGCACUUACCACCUGAAGGCCAGCACAGAAGUGGAGCGUCAGAGAUGGGUCACGGCGCUGGAGUUGGCUAAAGCUAAAGCCAUCCGCAUGAUGAACGAUCAGUCUGAUGACUCGGGGGACGAGGAGCCUACAUCCCAUUCGGACCGCAGCGAGAUUCAGGGCACCUUGAAGAUACUUGUCAGCAAGCUCGAUGACCUCAGCACGUGUAAUGACCUGAUCGCGAAGCACGGGGCGGCCCUGCAGCGUUCCCUGAGUGAACUCGAGGGUCUGAAAGUCCCUGUGGAGGGAGGGGAGAAGAUCAAAGCAGUCAACGAGCGAGCCACCCUCUUCCGCAUCACUUCCAAUGCUAUGAUAAAUGCGUGUCGAGACUUUUUGGACCUAGCAGAGACUCACAGCAGGAGAUGGCAGCGGGCGCUGCAGUAUGAGCGAGAGCAGCGUACCCACUUAGAGGAGACCAUUGAGCAACUAGCCAAGCAGCAUAACAGCCUGGAGCGAGCGUGGAGACAAGCACCCACGCUGGUUUCCACCACACCCAGCGCCCCUACAGCCAACAAGGGGGGGAGUGAGAGGCUGCGCAAAGAAGAGGCGAGUGAUGAAGAUGAGGAUACUGAGUACUUUGAUGCCAUGGAGGAUUCCCCUGCAUUUAUCACAGUGACUGCCACUGAGAACACACAGCACAGGCGUUCUCAGAGUAAUUUGAGUGGAGCAAGCGGAGGUCAGCCCAAUGACUGGAACCAGGACGAUCAUAUGUCUCCAAGCUGUAAUGAUGUGUCAGGGAUGGAGCUGCAGCCUCGCAGACAGAGGCGGACACGUGUCCCAAACAAGCCCAACUACUCCCUUAAUUUGUGGAGCAUCAUGAAGAACUGCAUCGGCAAGGAGCUCUCCAAAAUACCCAUGCCUGUGAACUUCAACGAGCCUCUGUCGAUGCUGCAGCGUCUCACUGAGGACCUGGAGUAUCAUGAGCUUCUAGACAAGGCGGCGCGCUGCGACUCCUCCCUGGAGCAGAUGUGCCUGGUCGCUGCCUUCUCCGUCUCGUCCUACUCCACUACUGUCCAUCGAACAGCCAAGCCCUUCAACCCCCUCCUGGGUGAAACCUACGAGCUCGACCGAAGGGAGGAGUUCGGCUACCGCUCGCUGUGUGAGCAGGUAACACCAUCACCCCCUGCAGCUGCACAUCAUGUGAUUUCCCAACGAGGCUGGACCCUGUGGCAGGAAAUCACCAUCGCCAGCAAGUUCCGUGGCAAAUACCUCUCCAUAAUGCCUCUGGGUGCCAUCCACCUGCAGUUCCAUUCCAGUGGGAACCACUAUGUGUGGAGAAAGGUCACCUCAACAGUGCACAACAUCAUUGUUGGCAAGCUGUGGAUUGACCAGUCCGGGGACAUUGAGAUUGUGAAUCACAGGACCAAGGAGACCUGUCAACUCAAGUUUUCUCCCUACAGUUAUUUUUCCAGGGACGUUCCACGGAAGGUGACAGGUGUGGUGGCAGAUGGUGGCGGUCAGGCUCACUACAUCCUCUCUGGUACGUGGGAUGAUAAAAUUGAGAGUGCCAAGAUCAUUCAGAGCAGCCGAGGGGGCAGUGGAUCAGAGGGCAAGCAGAAGACGGUCUACCAGACUUUGUCUCCCAAGCUGCUGUGGAAGAAAUACCCUCUUCCGGAGAACGCUGAGAACAUGUACUACUUCUCAGCGCUGGCACUGACCCUAAACGAGCAGGAGGACGGAGUGGUACUGACCGACAGCCGUCUGAGGCCAGACCAGAUGCUGAUGGAGGAAGGGAGAUGGGAUGAGGCAAACUCAGAAAAACAGAGGCUGGAGGAGAAACAAAGAGCCGUGAGGAGGAGGAGGGAAGCGGAGGCCUCGGAUGCUCUGGAUGAAGGGAAAGAAUAUGAAGGCUACCAGCCAUUGUGGUUCCACCAGAGGAGGGACUCGGUCACUGGAGAAACAAACUUUGUGUACAAGGGAGGUUACUGGGAGGCAAAGGAGAAACAGGACUGGAGCAUGUGUCCUAACAUCUUCUAACCCAGGAACUCACCCCGGAUCACACCUAACCUCAUCGGACAGGGAACUGCUCUGCCUCUGGCCCUUCAGCAAUGGUGCAUAGCUCCAUGUGGACCCGUAGUGAGCAUGAGAAUGUGUUUGUUUCACACACUCUCGGAUUACCUCCAAAUGUACACUCUCACUCUGUUUUUACUACGGGGAAAAGAAGGGGCGUCUCCUAAGUCUUUGACACUAUACUGAAAGAGCAGUGAGAUAAUGUGUGGAUGUGUGAUGGUGUUGGAGUUGUGGCGCCACACAAUAAAGGCACCUGCACACUCUUGAGAUCAGGUGCUCCAUAAAUCUUACUCACAAUGCACUUUUCUGUGUUCACCCGAUUUAAGAGUUUUUACCAAUUGGACAGAAACUCAUAUCAAAGCAUCUCUGAUUAUAGACAACUAACAGGGACACAAUCAUAAACAGACACAUAGAGGUAGAAUACUGUUAAAUACACAGUAUUUCAGGGGUUACUUUGAAAAGUGUCCUCAUACUUUGUUUUAUUCAGCACAAUUGAGAUUAUGCCAGACAUUCUUCUUAAAUAUUAAAUUUGUUCCCUCUUUUUCUUUACGGGAAUGAUUUCAAGUGCUCUUUAAUUUCCACUCAAGAAAGAGGCUAAAGCCUGAAAAUUGUGUCUGGAAAUGUAUGCCUGUUAGAUUUUGUUAUCAGUUAUGCAGAAACAAAGUGUUACAAAAUUGAUCAGAUAAAUAAGAUUUCUGAAAAAAACAAACAUGUAUAUGGAUAACCACAGAUAAAAUAGGUAACAUAACUAUGAACUUCACUCUUUAAACCGUACGACAUGGUAUUUUGUGCUGCUUAUUUUCGUUUGUGGCAAGACAGUUUUCUUACUUUUAGUUAUUUAUUGUUACCCUAUUUUAUAAUUCCUUUUUAUAAAUCAAAACGAUUUAAGACAAACGGGUACGAGCCAGGUACAGUUUGUGAUUGGCUUUGAUCUGAAUGAGCUGACAGGAAAUGUGGUAAAACUGUCAGUGAGAAAAAUUACAUAAAUACACAUAAAACUUAAACAUGAACACAGUAAAUACACAUUUUGGAAAAAGGACACAAUGAUGGAAAGAAAUAAAAUAAAUAAAUAAAACUGGCCCGUACUAAACUCUGUCAUGAAAAUAAGCAGGACACAAAAAAACAUUUCAUACCAACUAGCUGUGUUUUCAAAAUGUAUUGGAUUACUUUCUGGUUAUAUAAUAUACUUUAUCUGUAUUUAUUAAUAUUAUUGUUAACUACAUAAUGUCUUAUUUAGAUUAUUUGUAACAUGUUGGGUCUCCAUAACCAAGAGCUGGUAUUUGAUUGGGAAAACUAUCUAUCUUAUACAGCAGAGGCUGUUCUAUUUGGUGUGAAUGUUGGAGUUUCCUUCCAGAAAUUACAGUCUGUGAAGUAGUCAAUUAGACUAGAGUUUAUAUAGAGUUAAUAUGGCUGAUUAUUCAUUUCAUAUGUUGAAUAGGAAUUGCCUCGAUGCUUCAAUGCAUCCUAGUCAUCUAAAUAUGCUUCAGACAUCUUCCAUUUGUGAUUCUGAUUAGUAUAAUUCUGCAGUAGACCUAGUGAGUCCUUUAGUUGACAUUAGUGCAAUGACAGUAACACAUUGAAUAUCCAUAUCACUCUAAAUAUCUGUUCUAGCACUAUUCACUGUGGUAGACCAUACUUUAGUACAUAUCUCUGUGUUGAUGUUGGGAAAAUUUCACUCUGUACAUGUACUUUACCUUGUCCUUUGGUGCUCUCAGUGAUCAUAUAAAGUAUAACAGUAAGUCUGCACCAAAGACAUUUAGUGUUUACCACCCAGAACAUACAGGACAAGUUGGUUUCUAUAGUGUGCAUUGCACCAGCUACACUAAACCCAUCAGUCACUAGUUUGAAGCUCAGAAGUUUCCAGGAGGACUGCUUUAUGUGAGGCUGGAGUGGCUUCAGCUGACAUGAGGUCAAAGGUUAUAGAAGUAGACAGGGCUGGUUCCUGUAGCACACCUGUACAAUUAACUCCAGCCACAGAUGACUCCCCCCAGCUGCCGCUCCAGGCUCAACACAGCUCACAUGUGCAGUCCUUUCAUUCAGUGUUUGUGGACAUGCUGAUCUGGGAUCAGCUCACAAAGGUACCCCCAGUCUUUUGCCUUUAAUUGACUGAACAAGGGAUGAAGUCCCCUGACCUGUGCACUACAUGUCUACGGAGACAAGAGUUUUGAAAACCAGUUAGUAUUUUUUUGUAAUUAAUAUUAGGAAUGUAGAAUUCAAGGCUGGAGGUAUUGUAUCUACCGUCUAGUCUAUUUCUGUGAAUAUUUUGUGAUAAAAGAAUGAUAUUGUAAGAUGAAGAAUAACUAUACUAAUCUGAGUAGUAAGUUAUCCAGACAGUGGAGUCCAAAUGUGAAAACAAAUUGACUUGAGCCUGAAGGAUUUGGAGUAAUUUGACUUUUAAUCUAAAUUGAUUCUGAGAGGAUGGAUGUUAACUCUUAGGCAGCCUCAAUUUGGCUGCAGAAUUCUUGUUUUAUAUUUCCAAAAACUGUAUUAAAACACUGAAAAUAUUUUUAUAGAGUCCUUGAUAUAAGUACAUUAGUAUCCGUGGUUCAGUGAUGAUUUCAUUGAUUAACACAUCUGGCAGUUCCUCUGAUGUGCAGGCCAUCAAGAUGUAUACAAUGUACUGGAAAAGAAAUACAUUCACAUAGAAUAUUCACAGAUUGAAGGAGAUGUUCAGUUUGAUAAAAUGAUCUGGUAAGAUUCUUUAUCUAAGAAUAAUGAUUUGAUAAUUAAAUUAAUCAUGAUUGAUGCUUUUUUUUGCACAAAAGAUGUUUCUUCUGUCCAUUUAUGUUAAAUGAUUUGUUUGUCAUGAGCACAGUUUGACCACUCACUAAAUCUCAUGUCCAGAAUGACAUGCUUAAAGAGUAAUUCAACAUUUUUGGAAAUACAUUUAUUCACUUUUUUUGUCAAAAGUUAGAUGAGAAGAUUGAUACUAUUCUCUCCAGAGUCGAGAGUAGUAUAUUUUGGCGAACAAAAGAAAACGUGUAUUCCCAAAAUGAUUAGCUGUUCUUUUUACUUGACAAAUGAAUGCCUUGGUUCUCCUCUUAUAGAUUUUUACACAGACUGCAACAUCUUCUAACCUGUGCAAAGAUACAAGCUCUUGGUAGAGGUUGUGUAGACUUAAAAAAAAAUCAUAUCAAGGAUGCCACAAAUAUGGAUGGACACUGUUUGCUCAAGAUGUUUAACUUUUGCUAUCUUGGAUAUUGUACAGGUAAAUCUGUAUCAUCAUGAACUCACUGUUGAAUGGCGGAGAAGAAAUUGUUCAAAUGGAAAGUUAGUGUGUGAUUCUUUUUUCAGCGAUCAACCUGAAGUUACUAGAGAUUUACUUAAAUAUAUUGUGUUUGAGAUGAUUUUAUAUUUGAGAAAACAUGUUAUAUUUUGAAUGAUAACAGAGAGCUCACCAUAACUUUUAAUCAGUACAUUUCCAGAUAACAUGACCUCAGUAAUUGACUGUGACUUGCCGACUGAAGUUGCCUCAGUAAGGGUCUGUACAGUAUCGGACAGCUGUAGCAAUAACGCAGUGAGGUGUAGUGGUGUUAGCUCAUGGCUGUUGUUGCUUAAACAAAACACUUGUCUGCUUCAUGCAGAAAGGGAAAAAAAACAACCAAAGUGUAUGUGGAGAGUGUACUUUAGACUAAAAAUAACCUCAUAAUUUGCCUUCCCUAUCUGGGAGGGUUCUAAUGUAAACCCCGCUCAUUGUGUCUCUCAUUUCAUCUCACUUAAUUCACUAUGGUGUGAUUAUUUUAAAGCUCAAUUUUUACGCUUUUAUUUUCUGAUUUCUACUUUCUCAUGGGUGCCAUUAUUCUUAUGUUGCUGUUAUUUUAAUACUGUUUGUAUGCAUAAUGAGCUUGAUUUGUGUGCAUGCUAGGCACACAUUUAAUUCUCAUUCAAUGCUGCUCAGUUAUGAAGCAGAGGCAAACUAAUGAAGUUAUGAGACACAUCACUACAGUGGCCUGGUACUAGAGGUCAAAGAUGAUGACCUGCCUUGACUACUACUCUUACUCCCCAAAUACACAUAGGUGUUUUCAGGUGAGCUGCGGAUUAAACUGAGGUUUUGGUUCUUUUUUUUAAAUUGUGUAUUUUCUCCCUUAAUUUGUACUUGUAUAACAUUGUCUUUAAAUGACAAAGACACAAUAAGGAAAAAAGAAGAUAAUAAAGUUGUUAUUGUUGA